ACUGUCACUUGAUAAAGGGUUUGGACCAUUCGAGCGGAAGGUUCGACGGCUGUGUUCUGCAACUCCGGUGAGGACCGAGUUCUACAAAUUCGGCAAAGAUUUUUUUUUUCUGCCAUCCCUUUCACGGGAUCUUUAUUUCCACAGGCAAGAGCUUCCACUUCCCUGGUACUCCCAUACAUAGGGUCCCAACCGGAGAAACUUGUCACAAGGAGGAGAAGACGGUGAAGUCAACAGUGAAACUGAAAAGCUUAAACAGAUGAAAUGGUGAAAGCAAGUAGAGCCUUUCUUAAGGAUGCCUGCACCAUCAUCAGCAAGACUUUAUCAGAGAUUCUUGUCUGCCCACUUUCUAAGCAACCCUUGAGAGUGUGCGAGGAAUCGAAUUCCCUAAUCAGUGACGCUCUUGGAGUUUCUUAUCCAAUUGUUGAUGGAAUCCCUUGCCUGGUACCGAAGGAUGGAAAGUUGCUUGAGACUGGCGACUUAUCUGCACCUGAUGAUGUUGCUGAUUCUUCUGUGUCGAACAAUGAAGAUGGUUAUCGAGGGGGUAACCCUAAGUGAAUCAUUUAAAUAGUAAAUGGUGUAAAGACAGAAUUCCAUUCACAGAGAGUUCACGAUAACUUCAUUUCCUCUCUUUUUGUAGGAGGAAAUAUUGUUAUCCCAUUUUAAUUUAUGUUAUGAGAGAUUUUGAUUUUCUGGUUUCAGUGAAUGAAAUAACGAUCAUGGAGCCUUUAGAGCUCUCAAACAAUUUUGUGUAAUACACAUGGGGGGGAAGUGAGGAAACUUUGGAAUUAUAUAUGUACCUCUUUGUUGAUUCAACUUCAGUUUUUCUUAUUUAAGCAAUGGAAGCACUAAUUCAAAAUUCUUCACUAA